AUGGAGAGCGAGAGCGCUGGGCGGGUGGCGGGUGGCUGGGCGGAGGUGCUGGCAGCGCUGGCGGGUGGCAGCGCUGACGGGAGCGGGUGGCUGUGUGCGCUGGCGGGUGCGUGGCUGGGCGGGCUGGGCGGUUUAGCAGCGCUGGCGGGCGGGCAACGCUGGCGGGUGGCAGCGCUGACGGGGGCGUGGCUGGGCGGGCUUGCGCGGCUCGGCGCUCGCAGGGCUGGACUGAGCAGCGCUGAGUUCGGCAGUGCUGGGCUGGACAGCGCUGAGCUUAUCAACGCUGACUUCGGCAAGGCUCGCAGGGAUGAACUGAGCUGCGUUGGGCUGGGCAGCGCUGCAUUCGGUGGAGCUGGGCUCGGUAAAGCUGGACUCUGCAGCGCUGCACUUGUCAAAGGUUAA